GCACACUGAGGACAACACCUGCUUGACUCCUUCAUUCAAGUGACACCAGAGCUUCCAGGGGAUAUUUGAGGCACCCUCCCUCCCAGAUGCGGAUCAGUCCUAGUAUUUGGUGAGCAGCUAAAGUUGCAGUGACAGUGUAAGGGGCUGGCUAGGGAUAGGAUAGAGCGCAGGCUGAUCUCCCCUCUCAGCCUCUCACAGGCAGCACUCAGCGUCAGGCAGGAGAAUGUGCACAGAACUCCUUAGCAGGCUGCUCACACUGGGGCUGGUGUUCGCGAGCUUUGAUGCCGUCUAUGGGACCGAUGCUACCGACCUGCCUGAGAUCAACCCAGAUAGUAGACCGCCCCAGAAAGGACGGCUGACUCUGCACAACACAGCUGAGAUCCAGCACUGUCUAGUAAGCGCUGGAGAUGUGGGGUGUGGAGUCUUUGAAUGCUUUGAGAACAAUUCCUGUGAGAUCCGGGGUCUACAUGAAAUCUGCACGACCUUUCUGCACAACGCUGGCAGAUUUGAUGCACAGGGAAAAUCCUUUAUCAAGGAUGCUCUGAAAUGCAAGGCCCAUGGACUGAGACACAAAUUCAGUUGCAUCAGUCGGAAGUGUACAGCCAUUAAAGAGAUGGUGUACCAGCUCCAGAAGGAUUGUUACGCCAAGCAUGACCUCUGCUCCGCUGCCAAGGAAAACGUCCAAGUGAUUGUGGAGAUGAUUCACUUCAAAGACCUCCUGUUACAUGAGCCGUACGUUGACCUGGUGAAUAUUCUGCUAACCUGUGGGGAAGAGGUGAAGGAAGCGAUUACUCGCAGUGUGCAAGCCCAGUGUGCACAGAAUUGGGGAAGCCUGUGUUACAUUCUUAGCUUUUGCACGUCUGCAAUGCAAGGAGAUAGUGCUGCUGGGUCUAGUGCCAGCCCUGGCAAAAAACAGGGGGAUUCUAUGAAAGGAGAUUCAAGCAAGUCCUCGCGUAACCACAGCGAUUCUCCAUCUCACUCUGAUUUGGAAAGAGAUAGUGCCAAAGCCACCAAGAAUGAUAAAAAUAACAAAAUUCAGCCAAACACCCGCGGGAAGACAGGCUUACACAACAAAAUAGCAUUUAGUGCCACAGAAAGCUCUGAUAAACCGGUUGGUUUAUCCGAUAUCCGGAGGUGAAAUUCUAUCUCCAGCAGCUUUCUCCAUUGUCCUUCCAUUGAGAAGUCUCCCAUAUUCCUUACUAAGGACAUUCCAAGGCAUUUACCAUACCAGCGGGCAUUGCUAUACUUACAGUGCAUUCACAGAUUUAGCAGCUUUAUCUCGGGCUCCUAUGGAGAGGGUGGAGCCAAUCUCUCUGACUUGUAUCAUUUAAACCCCUGCAGAUCAUUUCAUCUACAAGAAUUAUGACAUUAGAUGUUAUACUAUGCGCAAAUUAAACAUGAAACCAAACCGCUAUGCUGGUGUUGUUGCUCUGGUAAUUAAAUGUAAACUUAAAAUAUCCAAAAAGAGUUACUACUUGGGGUACGUUGAGUGUUUAUAAGGUUUAUUACAUUCAUCUUUCACCUUCAAACCUGUUCUGCGUUAAAGAAAUAUUUGCUCCAUGCAUAGACAUUAUUAAUAUUGUGUUCUUUUAAGCUAUUUUUUCUGACGCCAGUUAAAAAUGAACCUUUUAUGUAUCAUUUAUAGCCGAAUUUAGAAACACAAAGUUUUGCUUUAGUACAAGAGACUGUAUUUUCCUAUUACCAUUACAUUAAUAUUGUUAACCACCCAUAUAUAUAUUAUAAUGAAUUAUGCCCUCUGACAAAUGGUGGACCAUCCUGCAUGGUCUUGUAUGGAUCAAAUGGAUUUCUUAAGCUAUUAAUUGGCUCUGAUUUUACAUGGCCCAUCCACAGAUUUCACUGCAUUACAUGUUUUAAUUGGAUUAGGCCAGCAAGCGUGUGUUUACACAGUGAUACCUGGAUCAUCCUAAAGCAAAGGCUUGUGCUCUACAGCAUUCAGAAUGCUGUGGAUAGAACACUUUGCAGAAUACAUAAGUAGGAACCUAUGCAAACAAAGCAUUGAAUGUCUUAUUCAACAGAUCACCUCAGCAUGCAUCAUAUAGCAUUAUUAUUUCAUAUUACAAGGAUAUAUUUCCUUAUCUUUAUAUAUCGAAUGUGCGAGUGUGAGUUUAAACAGAACAUGUGUAUAUGUUUGAUUGUGAACGUAUACAUGUAAGGGUGUAUGUGUACAUUUAUGUGUGACUGUAUAUAUGUAUGUGUGUGUGUGUGUGUGUAUCUAUAGGCGUAUGGGUCCACACACUAACACUGUGAGACUUGUAGGCUUGGAUGAAGUGAAAUGUUUGUUUACAUGUAUAUCUACUGGUUCAGUCUUUCAUGAUAUUGUAUAUAUUUCAUGCUUCUAUUUAUUGUAUUGUUUUCCUUUAUGAACACAAUAGUACAUACAUAUAUCUAUACACACGCACGUGCACACACACCUCUUACUAUACAUAUGUACAAACACAUAUAGGUACACUGUUUCUGGCUCCGCCAAACCAACAUCCUUCCCGCCUUGUGUUGUACAUAUUUUACGCCACUAGUAGUAUAUUUUGUUAAGCAACUUAAUAUAAUUUUAUGCAGUUCUGUAAUGUUAUUGAUGUCAUAACACUUUAUUUAUUGCUAUAAUUUUAUUAUUAAUAAACAUUUUAUGUUAAAUCA